AUGAACUCAACUCCCUCGUCUCCCAUCUUGUCCCUCGGGUUGUCCGACGGAUCCACUAGAGGUGGUCCCUGCGUGAACUCUGGCAAUAGCCUUUGGGUUGAGCACUCUCUGACUGUCAAACCUUCUUUCAAACGCAUGUUGGUCAAUGUUUACAAUGCGGUCAUUAAAGAAGUUAGCUUUGGAACCGACCCUGACAAAGCGUGGGUUCAAGUGAACUCAUGGACCAAAAAGGAGACGAAGGGCCUUAUCCCUGAGGCUCUCCCUCCUGGGAGUUUGGAGCGAUCGGUUGAUCCAUCGGAGACAGAAGAGUGCAAAUUUGGCCUUCUCGAUGGUAGUACUGUUGAGGCUGUUGAUGUUUAA